AUGGACAACGAUUCCGCAUACGGGGACGACAUCUCCGACGCAACCACCUCCCUAUACAGCUCCGUCACCCACUACGAAUGGAAACACAACCGCCGCUAUCACGCGUACCAAGCCGGAGCUUACUGUUUCCCAAACGAUGAGCGAGAGCAAGACCGCCUCGACAUGCUCCACCACACCGUCACGCGCCUGCUCGGCGACCAAUUGUUCCUCGCACCCAUCAAGCCCGAUGGCUUGAGCAUACUCGACAUUGGCACCGGGACCGGUGUUUGGGCCAUGUACAUGGGCGACACGUACCGCGGCGCCAGCAUCAUCGGCAACGACCUAAGCCCUAUCCAGCCUUGCUGGGUACCCAAUAAUGUCAAGUUCAUCGUCGACGACAUUGAGCUGGACUGGGUCGAACCCGACCAGUACGACUUCAUCCACUGCCGCUACAUGGCCGCUUCCAUCAAGGACUGGCCUCGCCUGAUGUUUCAGAUAUACGAAAGCCUGAGGCCAGGAGGCUGGGUGGAGUUCCAGGAAUUCUCCUCGACCGUCUUCUGCCACGACGCAAACGGUAUCGAGUACAUGGCGGUCCGUCAUCCCAACCAUGCUUUUGUGCAACUGCACCUCGCUCUGAAGCAAGCCUGCUCCGCCACGGGCCGCACCUUUGAUCCCACGCCCAGCUUGCGCAAAUGGACCCGAGAAACUGGCUUCGACCACGUCAGACAAUCCGUCUUCAAGGUCCCGGUAGGUUCCUGGUCCAAGGACCAACGCAACAAGGAGAUUGGCUCCAUGAUGGCCGUCAACUACGCCGACGGCGUGGAAGCCAUGACUGCUGUCCUGCUGAGAGACGUGCUGCACUGGCCAGACGAAGAGGUCGAGUUGCUGAAUGCCCGAGUAAGGCUGGCCGCUCGUGCGAGAAGCCCCAAGACGCUGCUCGAGUACGUCGUCGUCACGGCUCAGAAGCCAGCGCAGAGAUCUCGAGUCACAUGA